CCCAGGAACCGUUACUGUAGUGGGUGGGUAGCGCACCACUUUUUCUUGUGCUUUCCUCCAGGGCUGUCUACCUAGUGUCCAGUGCUGACGGGAGUCUGACCCCAGAAACUCUGGCCGACAACUUUACUCCGUACAGUACUGCUCGCAGGACUCCACUUCAACCUCGACAAUAUCCUUUCCGGUCCUACUGAACAAUUCAAUGUGAACAUAGAACGCAGCACGUCGCGACGCACAUUCGUUUGUUCGUUACCGUACCGUCCUGUGAAGCCAGACUUGAGAUGCGCCCCUCUACCGCCCCGUGAAAGUACGGUAAAUCGACCAUGGAUUCUCGGUGGAAGGUCAGGAGUCUUGCUGCGGCAUUCUCGCUGUCGAUAUGUUUGCGCGGCGUUGAGGGCGUGGACAUUACGUCUGCGGCGGCGGAGACGACGGUCAAGGCGUUGAGUGUUCCGCCGUCUGCGAAUUGGUACGGCGAUGAUGGGACUUGGUCUGCUAUUUCGAUUCGGGUGGGCGAUCCGUUGCAGUGGGUGGAUGUUAUGGUUAGUACUGUGAGCUCGGAGACUUGGGUUGUAGGGCCUGGAGGCUGUGGUGCUGGUGACAGCACAUGUUCUUUCAUAAGAGGAGGAACAUUCGACCCUUCCAAAUCCUCAACAUGGCAAAACCAAGGAUUCUUCGAGCUAGGAGCAGAUAAGCAACUGGGAAAUACGGGAUAUGCUCAAUACGGCCUCGACAACCUGACGUUCGGAGGUACUGGAGUUAUGAUCCCAUCUGCAAUAAUCGGUGCUUUCAACGGAACUGGCCCGAUCAGUGGAACUUCAUAUCUGCUUGGAUUGUUCGGUCUUGGGGUAGUUCCGGGCGGGUUCAAUAAUACUUCUCCGUUGAGUGCUCUCAGUGCAUUAGUUGAACAAGUAGGAGCUGUUCCUAGUCAUAGUUGGGGAUAUACCGCUGGAGCAAAGUAUCAACAAAAAGGUGUAGUCAACUCUUUGACACUUGGUGGAUAUGACUCGAAUCGUUUCAUUCCCCACGACAUCACUUUCAACCUCAAUGCAGGGAAGCAGCUCUUGACUUUCGUCAAUUCGAUUUCCGUCGCUUCAUCGGCAGAUUCGAAUAACUGGACUAAGCCAGUAGAGCUUCUGAGCGCUACUGAUCGCGUAUCCGCCAUCAUCGACAGCUCAACGCCUUACUUAUGGCUGCCUCAAGCUGUCUGUGAGAGGUUCGCCCAGAGCUUGGGUUUGACUUACAACACCACCCUCAAUCUGUAUACCUUCGACGGCAAUCUAUCUCAGCACGACACUCUCGGUGCUUCUUCACUCUCAUUUACAUUCAGUCUUUCUGAUAUUUCGUCAACACCAACUUCAGUGGAUAUUACAUUACCAUAUGCAGCAUUCGAUUUGCAACUUACAUAUCCGGCAAUCCCAUUCACUAAUUUUGGAGACGCAAACUCGACGAAAUAUUACUUCCCACUUCGUCAGGCACAAAACGAAGCCCAGUAUACCAUUGGUCGAGCAUUUCUACAAGAAGCAUACGUUAUCACAGAUUAUGAACGCAACACGUUCUCAGUCCACCAAGCCAUCCACCCAGCAGACUCGGUGGGGAACACUAGUAUCGUAUCUAUCACCCCACCUCCUGACUCCACAUUCUCUGGUCUCCCAGAGGAAUCAGGAUCAAAACUCUCAGCUGGUGCUAUAGCAGGUAUAGCAAUUGGUGCCGUCCUGCUAGUCGCCCUUGUCGCCUUCGUCAUAUUCUUCCUUUGCCGCCGCAAACGCCAGAGGAAAGGCAAAGACACCGACUCCGAGAAACCUCUCUCUCCUGAUCAACCCCAACGAAGUCUUCUCGCCCGCCUUCUCAACCGCAACCGUCCACCCCCAACUGGUGUUCACGAAGCCAGUGGUUCCUCAUCCUAUCCCACGGAAGUCGGCGCCGAUGCCACUCAUGAACGAUUCGAGCUCCCUGCUCCUCUAGGACCAGCAGAACUCGACUCCGAGUCAACAGGAACCGGCUCUCUAGACGGCACAACCGAGCGUGGAUCUUCCACCCAAGACUCCGCCAACAUCUCCGCCUACGAGCGCGCAAGAAGGAAAUUAGAGCGACAACAAGCCGCUGCGUUCGCUCUCUCCUCAUCAGCCAGAGAAACAUAUCCCGUGGAGAAGAGCGACGCAGAUGUUUCUCAAGUAGCACACUACCGAGCUCCCGAGUCCCCUGGUACCGACAGUCCCCUUGUAAGCCCCAUGAACGAAUCACACUCUCACGGCUCCCUCACCAUAAGCGGGCCAACUUCACCUGUGAGUCCCGGCUUCGUAUCCACGCCUACGUCGCCCACAGGGCCACCGCCCACAUACCGCCGCUUCAAUCUCAACCCCGCUAAUGUCGUCUACGCCGGGCGAUUACCUGACAACGUCCAGCUUCCACGUGUGGUACCCAAAGUUAUCGGACCUGAUGGCAGGACAGUGAGAGCGGAGGAGACGCUGGCUACGGAGCCUGGUGUCGGGACGAAUAGUUCGCUCGGCAGCCACUUCACAGAACAUGAAUCCGAAGACUUGUACGGUAGCGGCAGUGGAGGCACUAAUAUCGUCUCUCCUAUCGCACUGAGCUCCAACUCAGGCUCAAACUCUGCAUCGGGGUCCGGUUCUGCUGGAUCAGCUGGUGCGAACACAGAUCCUGUUUCGUCACUUAAUAGUAAUAGCACGGAAGCGAGGACGCAGCUGAGAGAUGAGAAUGGGAGUUCCAUGCUGAGUCGGAAUAUGUCCAUGUUGGAUCCGUGGGGGAGCAGGAGGAGGUUGGAUGGCGAGGAUUUGGUGCAUGUGCCGCAGCCGGCGGAGAAUAGGUUUAGCUGGGAGGAGGAGCGGAUUCCGGGGAAUGAGGAGGAGGGGAGUUUGUAGGUAGGUUUGGGGCGUGGUAAUGGAAUUUGUGAAUCGGUGGUUAAUUGGGUGGUGUAUGAGGAUUAAAAAGUCUGGGUUUUAGCGUUGGCGUUUUGGCGAGGGUUGGUUUGGAGGGUAUGGUUGGUUGGCUAUGGUUUGGAUGGGAAUGGAUUGGAAGGUCUUGUGAUCAUUGGAUGGAGAUUGGAAAUACGGUUUGGAAAUCCAGGCUGCGACUGGUGGUGGUAUUUUGUGUAACGUCCUCACAGAAUCAUCAAUACCGCUUGACCCAACAGUCAAUGACACACGAAUACAAGCAUCCUCUACCUUAUCUUCCUUCGUGUAUUCCAUGAGACUCCUUGAGCUGGAAAACCUCAUCCGUUUUCCAUCGAGCCCUUUCUCAGUACAGCAUAUCAACAAAAAACCAACCCAAAAAGGGAAACACGACAACCGAGACCUCGCCGCACGUUCUGUUUUGUUUCGUUACCGAGUAUUCGUACUUACUGAACACAACCAGGGUCGAAGUCAGGGCAAGUCAAGCUUAGACGGGUCGGGUCAUCUCAUGUCAUGUCAUGUCAUGUCAGCGCACCAUCCUACUCCUCACCCAAUCAUAGAGGGAAAGAAGUAACUAGGAAAAGAAACAAGACCAGGGAAAUGAUUUGAGAGAGAAGGGAAUAGGGGACUGGGGAUACCUUUCACGAGGGCGAGAAGGUCAAUGGUUGAUGGAGAUUCAGGAGUUACGAAUGAGAGUUUCAGAUUCUUGAGAAUUGAACCAAGUUAAGUAAGAUUUAACUUACCUACUCGAUUUCGGUUUCUUGUACAAGCAAGAUGGGAAUCUUCCGAUUCGUCGUAAACAAGUCUUGUCAUCUUCAGUACGGGAUUCGCUCUUUCGUAAGGGUACCGGAUUUUUCGUCAUUUCAUGUGCCGUUAUUCUUACGCUGUGACUUACUGUAUCGGGGGAGGACGAACUCUUCCUGGGCUUGUAGUGAUGUUUCUUUGGAUGUGUGUGGCACAGGAAUUCUUCUGUACGUGAGGAGAGAAAGGUACGAGGCCGAUUGCUAGCUGCGACUCUGUGAGAGAAGGGAGGUGAGAGAUGAGAAAUGUAUAAAUACUGAGCUCCUAGUCCUCAAGGUCAAUCUGGAUGUCCCU